UUAGUGCGUGAUUGUUCUUGCGGUUGACGAUUCUAUAAAUUGCAGAUUGCAUGGCGUUGAAUUUUGAGGAUUUUUUUUUUCUGCUUCAAUUUUGUUUGGUGAUCACGCGUGCGGUGUGCUUCAUUUGGUUUCCAUGGAUCGAGGUUACAGGUGCACCGAUCGAUUCGCCAUGGAGAUAAUGAAGUCUAUGGCGGCGUUCGCGAGGCUCACCAUGGAGCGACGCCGCCGCCGCCUGUGGCCGCUGCUGCUCGUCUCGGUCGCCCUCGUCCUGCUCUCCGUCGCUGCUUCGACAGUCGGUCUCCUACCCUACUUCCGCACCGUCUUCUACCUUACCGCGCCCCCGCUUCCUCCUCCUCCGCCGCCACCGACCGCGAGGAUUCCCCGACUGGCGUACCUGGUCUCCGGGUCGAAGGGCGACCUGGACCGGCUGUGGCGGGCUCUGCGGGCGCUGUACCACCCGCGCAACUUCUAUGUCGUCCAUUUGGACCGAGAGGCGCCGGCAAUGGAGCGGCAGGCCCUGGCAGCGCGCGUCGCCAACGACAGCCUCUUCGCCGCCGUCGGCAACGUGGCAGUCAUCGAGAAAGCCAACAUGGUCACCUACCGCGGGCCGACGAUGGUCGCCAACACGCUCCACGCCGGCGCUCUGCUUCUGAAACAGAGCGAGGACUGGGACUGGUUCAUCAAUCUCAGCGCCUCCGAUUACCCUCUCGUCACACAAGACGACAUCCUCCAUGCCUUUUCGAGCUUGCCAAGGAACAUAAGCUUCGUGGAGCACACGAGCCGAUUGGCGUGGAAAGAAGAACAGAGAGCGAAGCCGGUGAUCGUCGACCCCGGAUUGUACCUGGACAAGAAGACCAACGUGUUCUGGGUGUCGCAGAAGAGAGAUUUGCCAACUGCGUUCAAGUUGUUCACAGGGUCUGCGUGGGUGGCGCUGUCGCGUGAGUUCUUGGAGUUCUGCGUGUGGGGGUGGGACAACCUCCCCAGGAUCCUGCUCAUGUACUACACCAACUUCGUUUCGGCGCCGGAGGGCUACUUCCAGACGGUGAUCUGCAACGCGCCGGAAUUCGCCGGCACGGUGGCAAACCACGACCUGCACUACAUCAGCUGGGACGUGCCGCCAAAGCAGCACCCGCACGUGCUGACGCUGGACGACCUCCCACAGAUGGUCAGCAGCGGCGCACCAUUCGCGCGCAAGUUCCCACGCGACGGCCACGUGCUUGACCGAAUUGACCAGCAGCUCCUCGGCCGGGCCAACGGGAGCAUCGUCCCCGGCGGGUGGUGCGUGGGGUAUCCACCCUGCUCCGAGGUCGGGGACAUGGCAGCGCUCCGGCCCGGAAAAGGCGCUGAGCGGGUUGCGCGGCUGAUGAACGGGAUAGUCCGGUCCAACAAAUUUGCACAGAACCAAUGUAGAUAAGAGUCACCAAGUGCCCUGCAGUCUGCAAUGAUGAUCGGUGAACUCACCCAGAGUUCUUGAACCUAUCUCAAAUAAAGUAACAUACACAUUGUUAGAGAGGAAUUGAUACGAGAAUUAGACUUUUCCUUCAACAGAAUUCUGCAAAAAUUACCUGAUACUGAAGGUAAGGCUUUCAGAUGAUCGAGAUUGAUCAGACUAUGAAUAAUAGAAAGAAGUUCAUGUUCUGCAAGAAAGUCUAUCGAUCAUUAAAGAACUGGCCAAACUGUGUCACUUGAACUUUUUACAAUUCAUAAAUGGUGCUUCUUAAACUGCCAUCCCAACAAGUAAUCAAUGUACAGGAAAGCAAGUGGAACAUUGUAGGUUUACAAAUGCAGAAGAAAGUCCU